CCACACACUACGCAACAGUCGCAUCAGUGCUCAGCCCAAAGCGAGCUCGCGGAUUUGGCACUGAAGACUACUUUGCUGAGACGAAGAAGAGCAGGAACGCACUGACUCGCUCUCGGCCAGAAAACGCAACGCCAUGUCAAACACGCUCAAAAACUAUCUCAGUGCCGUACGGUCGACCUUGACGGCAGCCCUUUGCUUGCAAAACUUUGCUUCGCAGGUGGUUGAGCGGCACAACUAUCCUGAAGUCGAGGCACGUCUAUCGGACGAAGCACUGCUGAACCCUCUUAUUGUAUCGAGGAACGAAAAUGAGCAGUGUCUAAUUGAACCAAGCAUCAAUUCCGUGCGAGUCUCCCUCAAAAUUAAGCAAGCAGACGAGAUCGAGGCCAUUCUUGUCAAACAAUUCAUGCGAUUCCUGAUGGGUCGUGCGGACGGCUUUGUCAUUCUGCGUAGGAAAGCUAUUCAGGGCUUCGAUAUCAGCUUUCUGAUCACCAAUAGACAUACCGAAGACAUGUUGAAGCACAAGCUCGUGGACUUCAUCAUACAAUUCAUGGAGGAAGUCGACGCAGAAAUCAAUGAGAUGAAAUUGUUCCUCAAUGGACGAGCGAGAUUCGUUGCGGAAAGCUAUCUCGGCUCGGGAUUCUGAGUAUUUGGUGUAGGUUUGCCGACUGGAAAAGGCAUGCAUGGGGUUGCACGAUGGAAAGACGUUGCUCAAGAACCUCUUUGACGCGUUUGGUCGAAGGAAGGUGCAAGACUUGCUGCUUGGAGAUGUAGCUCUAUCUUUUCCAUUCCUCACAAUGAAAAUCGACGCCCUGAUGCUGUGCUGGAAAAGUAUUAUGACUCGUAUAGCAUGCUUUGACUUGACCAGACGUGACGGGUGACUGCAGGCCGAAGUUCGCUGUAUUUUGUUCGCGC